AUGGCGUCGGGCGGCAGUGAAGCAAUAGCUGAAAGUUUUUAUGCUAUUAUGGAUAUGCAGCAACAGCGAUGCUAUCAGUCCAAUAAGAUUUUGGAGCUAAGAACAAAACUAGAUUGGUUACUUCCUCAUAUUGGUAACAAUACAGACAAUCUGGUUGAAGGUAUUGCUCAGAAAUAUUUGGAAAGCCACAAUUCACCUAUGCUUCGCAACCCAAGGUCAAUCAGGAACUAUUUGAUAAGAAAUAACCAGUCAAAGGUUAUUCACAGAAUUAAGAACAUGCCAACCAAAAUAUCCUUAUCUUCUUUAGGUUCAGCUCUUUUGUAUAUACGAUUAACCAUAUGCACAAGGUAUCAUUUUUAUUGUAUCCGCUAAAUUUAUACUAUAUUACAUACGCAUGUUUUGCUGUCAUAAUCUAACAGACAGAGUAUAUAUGGUAGAUUCAAAUUAAUAAAGAAGUUGUGUUCUCUAACUAUAUAAAUAAAAUUUUCUGGUCGGAUUCUGAGUUCUGCUGCAAUCCGGCACGCGAGCGUCAGGCGCAUCGGGUGAUAAGUGUGAGCAAAGCAAAUUUAAAGUGCGAGAUGUAGCUUUAAAUUGUUGUGUAGCUGCGAGUGAGUAGUGCAAGUUUGCCAACCUGGGAAGUCUGUUUCCUUCGAUUUAAAAACAUAACUAUACAGUAUAUCAAGUAACUAUCCGCAUACAAAUGAGUAAAUACACAAUAGACAUACCUUUGAAAACAAAUUUCAUGUAUGUUCUUAGGUCUUUGGAACUUUAUAAGUAGAAAACUUGAAUAAAAAUCCUUUCCUCUUUGAAUAUUUGCUCUCAAAAGAUCGAACUUAGCGCUUGUUAUCAACAGAUCGAAUUACUACAACACGUGAUAUAUUCUAAGCAUGUUAAUUGGUUGAAAAAUAGUUGAAAUUCUGGAACUUCCACUUGUCGUAAAUUAUAUUCCGCAACAGAACAUUCCACAAGUUCAAAUUGCAGAUUAAAUACACUACAAAUAAAGGAUAUAGAUUAAUUUGACGAGAAAAACUCGCUGACAAUUUCUGGCUACAUUCGAUAGCCGCGUUUGCGAUUCAACCUGAUAUACUGGUAAUAUACAGCAACCUGACUUGGCAACAUACAAAUAAAAAGCGUAUCAAGCAGCUAAACCUUGGGUACAUCCUCGGGUAGAAGAAUUUGCAUCACAGACUACGUCAUCAGUUAGUUAUAGCGAUUAGUUUUGAGGUUAGGGUUAGGGUUAGGGUUAGGGUUAGGGUGAGGGUAAGGAUUAGGCUUAGAGAUAGGGAUUUGGUUAUAUCUGACGCCACAAACAACACAACUAGCCGAUCACGUGAUCACUUCUCCUCUACCCGAGGAACUACCCUAAACCUUGUGAUGAUUUUACACGAAAUUGCAACUCUUUCACUAUACAAAUUUGCAUAGCAAAUACCGCCCUAAUUCUACAGUAUUUGAAAGAAUAAAUCCUGUAGAUUGGAAUAUAGGUUAGAGAUCCUUGCAUGGGAUAUUUCUGUGCCUUUAUGAAAAAUGUGUAAGUUGAAAAGGCAUGCUUAACAACAUCAAAGGUGUGAUAUUUUAAGGUAUGUUAUUGAAAAAAGGUGUGCUAUUUUGGGGCACAAAAAAAGAUGUGUUGGUAGAAAAAGGUGUGUUAUUGGAGAAAGGUGUGCUAUUUUAAAAGGUGUGUUAUCUUCCAAAGGUGUAUUAUCUUUCAAAGGUGUGUUAAUUGAGCACACCUUACCCUUACUCGAAAGGUGUGUUAGCUAAAGGUGUGUUACAGAACACACCUUUUGCUAGCCUGAUAACAGACCUACUUUUCGCCCGCCCUAAAAUUCGCGGGUCGAGGGAAAGGGCGAAACGUAGGUCUGAUGAAAAUGUUGUCAAAAGUGCAUGCCACCCACUUUGCAUUUUGUAAUAACUAACGAUAAUGAUUGACACAUUUAUUGUAACACCUAAAAAUACAAUGAAAGUUGUCGAUUUUAUCGAAAAUGUGUAAACAAAGUCGAUAAGUAUAGAUGUUUGAAUCUUUAAAAUAUUGGUAACCCCAUGCACUCUGUUGCUUUUAUAUACUCAACUAAAUUGUAUUGUGCUGACACACAUAUUGAUAUAUUUGUAUCAUUGUAUGACUUGUAUCAGUUUUAUUAUGAUUAUUCACAAAAAUUAGGUCAUUUUAAUAGAAUUAUUGUAUUGUAUAUUACAACGGAAAGACACAACGCUGAAGUAUUUGACGCAUACUGUAUACUACAUGCGAACCCAGACGUAAUUUCCUCGUUUAUCGCUCAGUUCUUUUCCGACAUUUCUUGCUCGGUUAUUUUCCGAGCGAGAAAUGAGGAAAUUACGUCUGAGUUCGCAGACUACACUCUACUCCCCCUCUAGUUUUGGUUUUUAGAUGGUAGAUACUCACUGAUAAACUAGUUGUCGCUCGACCUCACAAAAUACUUAGAAUAUUGCUCUAUUUGAAUAUUGUAUAUUUAUAUGGGUUGAUUUACCGUUGAAAUAUAUUCUGAUUUCUCAGUCUUUUCAAAUCUUUUCAUGUUAGCGACCAACCAAUCACAACCAAUUUCACUGUGAAUUAGCCAAUCAGCUUAUAUGCACUUUUGACAACAUUUUCAUCAGACCUACGUUUCGCUCAUUCCCUCGACCCGUGAAUUUUAGGGCAGGCGAAACGUAGGUCUGUUAUCAGGCUAACCUUUUGCAUACACUGUGUUCUGCUCAGCACACCUUUGUGUGCUCAGUGACAAGAAAACAGACCUUGUGUGCUAUAACACACCAAUGUGUGUUGUUUAGCACACCUAUUUUUAAGAGUGUGAUAGCGGCUUUUGGAUUGCAUUCUUGUGCAAAUGCAGAUGCAUCAAAAAAUACUAAAAAGUAUUUAAUGUACCACAAUUUAGGAGAAACAAGUUUUAGCAUUUGACAAGGCCAUCUAUACGGAUACGGUUUUGAUCGCUUGCAGUGGGUACCAGUGUCAGUAGCGAUAUAAAAAAUAAGUUGGGAGAAAGUAGGACUUUGAAAGGACUUCGCUCAAAAUAUCGAAGGAAGUAUUUUCUUUGUCUUUCUAAGUAUAGUUGGAUAAAUAUGUACACCAACCAAUAGUUUGUUGUUUGUUGACAUGUAUAAUAAAAAGUCAUUUAGACAACUGAAGUAUGACGUAUUUGAAGUAUGACAAGGUUAAUUGAAAGAAAAGAAAUCAUAGCUAACAAACACACCAGAAGGCAGAAUGGUCGAAGCUGAAAUGUGGAAACGAACAUAUAGAGUUUCUAAAAUUUUGCCGCAAUUAUUACAUAUAGCAAUAUGACAAAUGACUUUCUUAUUUUUUUAGAUGUGACAGAUUAUCACUGCCAUGUUUGUUUUGAUGAAGUUUCCGGAGCACAUAAAUGUAUAACUUGUCGUCGUUCUGUGCAUGUCAUUUGUGGUGUUGCCCUUGGUAAUGAAGGUUAUGGGCAGGCAGUAAAGUGCUACAAGUGCCACGAAACAG